AUGCCCCCCUCUUUUUUGGUCCGCAAAGUCUUCAAGGGCCUUUUCCGUCUCGAUAGAGCCCUCCUUCCCCGCCCACCACCCAAAUCCCAUCUCGCGUGUCUUGCAGCUCGCCGAUCAAACCCGGCGGAUAAGAUUCGAGUGUGGUGGUGGAAAAAAACUCCUAUGCAGAGGAAUUCUGCAGUGGUUGAUAUACCUCUCACUUUUGGAUUUGUUCUGUUGAUAGGAGUCGAAGCAAAGAACGGAGGGAUGAGAAAUGUGAUCAGAAAGCUCAUGAGGAUGCAAUGGAAAUUGAAAUGGGGCACUGAGAUGCGAGAAUAG